AUGGAAAAUGAGGAAGGUAAAACUGAACAACCGCAAGAACCCCCCAUUGAUCAAGUUCAAACAAAACAAGCACAUCCUCCUCCUUUCAGUUUUUCUGAGACUUUACAACAGAAAACAACAGAGUCUUAUAUCCCUCCAGCGACUCGACGGUUCAUUGCUGAAGAUCUUACGCAUAACCCAGAUGUUGUUCCCUCGUUAGCUGACUUAGUUAUUAAGCAAAUCAUUGAAAAUUUUUCAUUUAAUUACAGUGCCCUUCCACACCUCAACAAGGAGCAACUACAACACGUAUUGGACGCUCUUCCAACGGAUAUUCCUCUGAGGGUCGUUGCACACACUAUCUCUGAUGAGGCCUUCUGGCAGCGCAUGAGCCUCUCCCGCUGGCCCGUAGUCGAUGUAGUUAAGCAUGGAAAUUCGUGGAAGUGCGCCUUCUUUGAGAAGUACCUUGAGCAAAUGAUCCACGAGUAUGUGCCGGACCAGACCUAUCCGGUGUGGAUAGAGGAGGCGGUGCAAUUCGGUGCAACAUACGUCCGACGCCUCGAUGUUAAAGAGCUUCUCCCACCGGAGAAAUUUAUGAUAAGAAAUACUAGGCGAUCCGCCUUACCUACUACCUUCCUGAAUAAUGAACAGGGAUCUCGAGAUUUCGCAGUGGGCAAGAAAAAAUCCGAUGACUAUAGCGACGACUUUGAUGAGCAAGAAGACGAGGAGGGCGGCGGCGUCGGUGGUGCAGAGGGAGCAUUCAUUGGUGGAGUGGAGGAGGGAGGAAACGAAGGCACUGGCGCUGGCGGCGGUGGUGGUGAAGAUGACGAGGAAGGUGAGAUCACGGCCGCAGUGGACCACUUGGAUUUGGGUCAAGUUAUUGCAAAAUUGGAUCGAUUGACACACCUUAGUGUGCAGUAUCGUGUUCGCAAUGUGGGCUUGGAUUUUGAGUGGAGCCAAUUUCAGUUCACUGGCCGUGAUUGCGUCAGUUUCUCUAAGGCGAUUCGGAAUCACACCUCGUUGAGGAUUCUGGAGUUGGUGAAUAAUAUUAACGGCUUCUCUUCCUUGCACCCUUAUAGCAGUCGCGUGGACUGUGAGAGAUGCCGUGUGCUGGUUGGUCACCUCCUCGAUCACCCCUCGCUGCUAGUGCUCAACCUCUCGCACAACAUCAUCUCCGAUUGGGGCGCCCGAGCCCUGGGAAAACUAAUCAACGGACGCAGCCGAUUAGAAUGCCUCGAUUUGACAAACAAUCGGGUGAACGCGGAGGGAGGUGAGGCACUGAGUCAUGCGCUGUCAAAGGGUGCCGGCACCUUGAUGAAACUCAACCUUCGUCUGAAUUGCAUUCGUGACGAUGGCGCCAGCUCUAUCGCUCGGUCUUUGCUGCGAAACACCACCCUGAGGGAGCUCAAUCUGGCCGCCAACAGCAUCGGUGAUGCGGCGAUCCUCGUCUUUGGUCAAGUUCUCACGCACAACUCGACCCUACAGAAAUUGGAUCUUUCCAAUAACAGCAUCAGCUCGGAGGCAGGCAAAAAGUUCCAGGAGUGUAUAGCCUCCAACCAGACCCUCACCUACUUGGACCUUCGUUUCACUGGAAUCCCACAGGUCUUUGAAUUCACUCUGCAACAGAACAUCGAGGCCAAUGAUAAUCGGUACCGUAUGGAGCGGGAGAAAAAUGCCGAGACCAGCCACAUGCCACUCCCGGGCCUGAUCAGCGUGGCGGUGAACAAGGUGAAGUCGGAUUUGGAGAAGACCAAGCCACGGCCUACCGUUUUCAGUCUCCAGUGA